AUGGACGCCGUCAACGCCUUCAACCAGGAGUUAUUCUCCUUAAUGGACUCUAAGCCGCCGAUAUCUCGCGCCAAGAUGAUCUCCAUCACCAAGUCGGCUAUUAAGGCAAUGAAACUCUACAAGCACGUGGUCCAGAUUGUGGAGAAGUUCAUUAAAAAGUGUAAGUCUGAGUACAAGGUGGCUGGCCUGUACGUGGUGGACUCCAUCGUCCGCCAGUCACGGCACCAGUUUGGUGCCGACAAGGACGUGUUUGGGCCUCGCUUCACUAAAAACAUUGUGGGCACCUUUGAGAACCUUUGCCUCUGCCCCCUGGAGGAUAGAAGUAAACUUGUGCGCGUACUGAACUUAUGGCAGAAGAACGGUGUGUUCAAGAGCAACGUCAUUCAGCCUCUUCUAGACAUGGCUGCAGGUACCGGCAGCGGCUCUGCGCCUUAUGCCGAGGACCCAGCGUCCUCUCCACCAACUCCGACCAAAGACCACGCAGAGAACUCUGCGGCGGCCCCUGUUGCGCCUUUGGAGAAGCAUGACCCCUUCACUGCAGUGGCACAGCUCUUCCAGUCCACGCAGGGUCAGCAGCUGCAGCAGAUGCUUCAGAACCUGCAACAGUCCACCCAAGCGGAACCUGCCUCUCAGCCUCCACCGUUCCCAGACACCCCAAGCGUUGCCCCCGUCUUCAGCAAUGCCCUCCCGCAUCCUCCCCAGGCUGCCCAGCAGAAGUCGGCAUUUGACAAGACGUUGUUGGAUCGUUUUGACUACGAUGACGAACCAGAAGCCGGAGACGAUGCCAAGGACGACGUCUCGCAGCCCUCUCUUAUGCAACAGCCUCCAGCCUUCCAGCAGCCUGUGAUGAACAUGACUCAGGACCUCUCGCAGCAGGGGUCUCUCCCACCUAAUGGCCAGCUCCCGGCUUACGGGUUAAUGCCAGGACAAAGCUUCCAAGGGAUGAUGCCGCCGAUGGGUCAAGCUCAACCAGGCCAGCCCUUCCCUGGUUCCGUGGGACCUCCUGGCUUCCAUGGAGUUUUCCCACCUCCUACACACUCGUCCCAGCAACAUCAGGAGCUGACUGUUGAUGCAGACCGUUCCUCCAUGAGGGAUGGCAGACAUGAUAAAAAAUCACGGUCAGAUUCAAGGUCCCCAAAAAGGAGACGAUCGCGAUCCAACUCCCGCACGCGUCGCUCUCGUCACCGGCGUUCCCGUUCCCGGGACCGACGCCACCUUUCCCCGCGCUCUCGUUCAGAGGAGCGCCGGGAGCGGGAACGCGAAAGGGAGCGGCGUCAAAAAGGCCUCCCACCGACUAAGAACGAAACACUCAGCAUCUGUAGUACGACUCUAUGGGUGGGCCAGCUGGACAAGAGGACUCAGCAGCAGGAUGUGGCAUCUUGGCUGGAGGAGUUCGGACAAAUUGAAUCCAUCAAUAUGAUCCCUCCGAGAGGAUGUGCCUACAUUGUCAUGAUCCACCGGGAGGAUGCCUUCAGGGCCCUGCAGAAGCUCAGUCGAGGCUCUUAUAAAGUCAACCAAAAAGCCAUCAAGAUAGCUUGGGCUCCAAAUAAGGGUAUCAGGGCCGAUUUGAAGCAGUUCUGGGAUGUGGAGCUGGGCGUUACCUACGUGCCCUGGUCCAAAGUCAGGGAAGAGCAACUGGAGGAGCUCAAGGAAGGAGGAAUCUUAGAUUUGGACACUUUAUCACCAGAGUGGAAGACAGUACGGAAAGCGCUGGAGAACCCAGAGGAACUCAACCACAAUGGUGGAUCUGAGUCGCAGCAGCCAGAUGAAGCCCGCGGUUUAGCUCCUCCUCCUUCUACGCAGGUUCCUCCGAUGCUCGGCAUGCCUUCGGUGCCGCCCCCUGGCUUCCCAGCUCCCAUAGGCAUCCCGCCACCUUCUUUUCCACCAGGAAUGCCCCCACCGCCAUUAUUCAGACCAGGGUUCAACCCCAUGCAGAUGCCACCAGGUUUCCCCCCACUUGGAGCCAUGCCCCUCUCCAUGCCACCUCUGCCGCCUUCCAAAGCCGAAGACAUGCCUCCGGUCAACAGGAAACACGGAGAGGAGAUCUCUGAUGCUCCCAACUUCAGCAUUCAGACCCCGCCAGGCGGUCUGCUAGGAAACCGGCCCGGUAUGAUGCAGUUGCCGCGCCCCCCGGGCCCUCCUAUGCUGCACGCGCAACGCUUCCCGCCGCCACCCGUCCGGCCCCAUAUGGUGCCCAGGGGGCCCCCUCCGCCCAUGAUGCGCCACGACGGCCCUCCCCCCACGGGAUCUUUUCCGAUGCCUCACAGCAUGAGACCGCCUUUCCCGCCUCACGGUCCGCCCCCUCAGGGUCCGCCCCCUCACGGUCCACCCCUUCAGGGUCCGCCCCCUCAGGGUCUCCCCCCUCAAGGUCCCUCCUUGCCUCCUUUCAUCAGACCGGGCGCCCCUCGUCCGCCCAAUGACGAGGAUAGCCACCCUUUCCGUGGAGAGCGCCCAGGACUCAGGGAGUCAGAGCGAGGAUUUGGCGGCACAGCGAGGCGUCCAUUCGUUAGUGAUCGCUCAGACGCGAGGGACAGACUGGAGGAAAGUGGGUGGGAAAGAGACAGGCGGGACUGGCGAGACCGGGAGAAUGGCAGCAGGGAGGCCCGGGAGAAAGGGAAAGAAGGGGAGCGGCCUAAGAGGCGGGAGAGGGCCAGCCGGUGGGACCGCGACGACCGCUUGACGGGGCAAGAGAACACUGACAAGCUUCGGACCCCUAAUGCAUUGGCCGCAGAAACCGAAGCAUCUCAAAAGACCACUGUAUCGGCGCCUCCUCUUGCCCCGUCCCCGGAGACGCCGCCCCCUGUCGAAGCCAAACAGGGAGCUGCGUCAUAG